GAGUGCAUCAUGCCUGCCCGUCGAUUUUAUGGCGCUUUCUCACACCCCGGCAAGAAAUGGGUAUGCCAGGCAUUUGACGAUGCUGUCAAGCCUUGCACGCAAACGACGUUAGCCUUCAGACUCCGUCUGCAUUGCAAUGCUGCUGACUUUGAUCUGCUGUCCUGAAUGCCAGAGAGUGUGACAGGCCCCGGAGGUCUGGAGCUGACGACACACACUGCUCGUGGGUGCUGGAAAAAGUUUGAGGCGGCGGUCCAAGACAUUCGUAAAUCUGUCACCAGGUCACCACUGCAUUGCUGGACCGAGCAAAUCUACAAAGAGUUGCAGCACGUUUAGUCAAGUCAGCAUCAAAACUCUGACUGAGACUGAGCACCUGUCCUUGGCUUGGGACGUUGGGUUGAAAAGGUUCUUGCGCUACAGACUGCAGUUGUUGUUCACUGCGCAUGGGAAUGGAGGCAGACCUACGAACACCCCACCAUGUCGCAAGAAUCAGAUCGCACUAGCAAUCAUCAACACGGUCAAAGUAGUUUGCGUGCAGCGUGUGAUUCAGUCCCUGAGUGUGCUCGGUCGACGCAAGAUCAUCAAGAGGCCAGCGAUCAACAGACAAUCCGCUCAGCUGAUUCAGCUGCCCAUCACCACAUCAUUCACAAACAACGAGAUUUGGGUAGGACUGGUGACUGUGUUCGAUCUGCUGACUCGGCAUCAGUGCCGCUGCAUGAGACCACGUCACGGCAGGACUCAGCGGAAACCUACGCUAGCGCUCGGCCCAUUGCAGAUGCGGUUCAUAUUCGCGGAGCCAGCGCAGUCCGGAGUGAGAAAUUUGUUGCGCCGAGUGAGCGCUUCGUGGCGACACACACCGCUCAGCAGCGGACCUCUUCAUUUCCGCCUGAGCCCCUGAACCUUGCUGGAAGCUCGGACGAAAUCGCCGGGUCUUUGAACAAGAGUAUUAUCGACGGGUUGGAAGACACACAGCAGCGGCACAGGCGAUACACACCUGUCCCUAUCGCAGCGUCUUCCGCAGAUUACACCACCUCAGCUGGCAUUUCCGAUCCGGUGCCUCUCAAUGGGAAUUUCCGAGGCGAUGCCAGUGCGGAAGGAGGGGAAAUCAUGGACGAACUAGUGUCGCGACUGCAACGAGACCUUGCAAGUGCCAUGGAUUCCAAGCAUGUGUCGCAAUCUAAGCUCGAUGAGCUGGGACGGCUGCAAGAGAAAACUGUGGCGGAACUGGAGGCGUUGAAAUCCGAGUUGUCCGGCUGUAGACGGCAGUUGUCUGAGGCACAGCGCUCCGAAGUUACAUGUCAGAAUGAUUUAUCGGUAGCUGUGCGCCAGGGUGCUAAGCUCAGUAAACAGUACGAGCAAAGUCAAGCCGAUGUGGGAACGCUGAAAGCUGAUGUCUACAAACUUGGCCAGCAGCUGCUGGAAAGCAUGAAUGCGCAAGAUGACCUAAUGGAUCAGAGUAUGUUACUGCUAAAGCAACGCGAUGAAGCGUAUCGUGCCAGGGACGAGGCUCGGAAAGACCUGGAAAAGGUAAAAGAGGAGCAUACAACGGGCUCGGCGAGUUCGUCCUCAACACAGUUAGCUGGUGCGGAUGCCGUAGAGGCUAUGCGUAUGCUACGGGACACGGCCAUUGAACAACGCCAGGACACUGCACGGCACCUGGCCGCAUCCAGGGAGGAGUGCCAGGAGCUGCGGAGUCGCCUGGCCGCCAAGGAACGACUGCUGCAAGAGCAGUGCCGCAGAAUGUACGGUCGCGGGGCCAGUGACGGCAGUGGUGGAAACAGUAGCUCGGACGGCUCACAUAGCGAUGGCAGCUGCGGUCCGCACAGUGCGCGGGAGAUGCACCAGGACCUGAUGCGAUUGAAAAAGGAGUUGAAAGCAAUGGCUGACGAGUGUGACUUGCUCCGGCAACAGUGCCUAGUAGCCAAGAAAGAACGCGCCGAUUCGUUGACGGAACAAGAAACAAUCAUCAGCCGCAGCUACCGCCUGCAACAGGAUAUGGAUGGCAUGAAGGAAGAGCUAGCAACAUCACAACAGGCAAUCACCAAGCUGAAAGCUGAACUUGCCAAAGGCGACCAGAAUCUCAAGCAUGCACAAAAGGAGAAGCUGGAAGCCCAGCAGAGCCGCGACUGGGCGUUCGAGGAGCGCUCUCGCAUCAUCAACGAGCGUGACAUGGCGCGGGCAGACACGACAGAGCUGCAGCGGUCACGUGACAAGGCAGUCAGUGACCAUGUGGCGACGAUGCGCGACGCCGACUCUCUGCGCCACGAAGUGGACAAUCUCACCAAGGAGCUGCACAACUGCCGUGCGCUGCGCGACUGUUAUCAGUCGCAGCUGGACGAGAGAGCGUUGUACUGGCAGGCCGACUACGCGACCAGAGAGGUGCAGAUACGCAAGGGUCUGGAUGGUCAGCUGGGCUUCACGAUCGGAGGCGGUCAGGACAAUCCUGAUAUGAAGCUGGGCUCGUACAUCCAGGUUGUCGAUGUAGUGAAGGAUGGUCCAGCCGACGGCAUUCUCAACUGCUCCGAUCUCCUAAUCAUGGUCAACAAUCAAGACUUGACCCACGUCGAGCAGGCUUCAGCAGCCACCAUGCUACGAGAAGCUACGUCGCCGCUGAGGAUCGUACUCCGACGGCAAGUGGAGAACGCGCCGUUCGAGGUACGUCUGCAAGGCUACAAAGACUAUGGCAUCCAGCUGGAGAGCCACAUAGUCGUCACCGGACUGACUGACAGCAAUAGCAUGAUAGCCAAGCAGUUCAACGUUCAGCCAGGCGAUCGCAUUCUCAAAGUGGACAACAUGCCGGUGACCAACGUAGAGAUAGGCCGUGUGACGCACAGCAUCAAGACGGGCAAGCGCAACAAUCCUAUACGCCUCACCCUGUUCAGGCCCACGCUGGUGGCCGUCCGCAGACCGUUCAGCGCCGCCCUGCGAUCCAGAUCCAUGGGAUCGGGCAGCGGCACCGGACCACCAGCCAGCGCAGUGCCGUCCAGCUUUGGCGUGCCGAGCACGUACUUUGGCGAUUCGGUCAGCAACAUGGUGCCCAGUGCCGGCGAGCGCCUGUCUCUGGAUGACAGUGACUACGUUCCGUCGUCGGGACACGGUACAAUGUCGUCGAACGAACGCUACACGCCGCACAGUCACGACCGCCACGUCGUCAGUCACCGCGGCGUCCUCUCCUCUAUUCACUCGCGCACCAGCAGCUCUGGCAGCGGUGGUGAUCACCAGUCGCGCAUUACCACAGCCAGUGUAUCAUCAGCACCAACUAGUACCACCGCAUCCGCCGUCAAAUUCUCCAAAUCCUACACCCAGGUCGCUCCGGCAAUAUCCCGAGGUGGCGGUGGAUCACGGACACAAAGUCUGAACAGUGGAAGUGACCAGGUUCCGGCCGCAGGAUUUUCUCGUUUAUCCGCUAUUGAAUCAAGUCCGAUGAGUCAGGUCUCCACCGGGGGCCAGACCAGCAGCAAUACUGGCACCAGUAGCAGCAAUGAGUCCGUUAAAGACAACUCUGAAGGCAAUCCGCUGCUGGAGUCUGUCAAGCAAGGUGAACAGCGACUUCAGGCCAUCCAGCGCAGCCGAGCGAGGAAUGAAGCGAACGUGGACGAGUUCGAGUCUACGCCGAGCACUGAUGAUAAGACGCGCAGCAUGCCGGCUAACAUCACUGCACCCUACAGCACGGAGGCAGGAGCAACGGCAGCUGGAAGGCACAACUCGCCACGGAGAGGCAGUUUGCCGCCACAGAGCAAAGCGGAGGAGCAAGAACGCCGCUCCUGCAACAACUCUGUCAACUCCAGCGAGAGCUCCUCCAGCGUGGCAGCUGGUUCAGCUACGAGCUCAUUUAUUGAAGCUGGAGUCAGUGGCAAUGACAGCGUGCGCAGCCUGGCUAUUCGCUCCACUAGCACCGGAGAUGGCCAACGGAACGCUGCCAUACGCUUUGUUGUGCUGUCGCGUAAUCCCACUAGCGGCACACUAGGCUUCUGCAUUCAAGGCGGAAACUCGAGCGGCAUCUUCAUCUCCCAGAUCACCGAUGCGUCGGCGAGUCACGGAGAAACGUCCGGCGGUGGACUGCAAGUCGGUGAUCGGAUACUGGAAGUGAAUGGAACAGUCCUGAGCAAUGCCACGAGGGAAAUGGCUGCAUCCUGCCUUCGCCAGUCCACCACGUCUGUGCUGAUCACCGUAAAGAACGAUGCAGCCGGCUACAAAGCAAUCAAGCAGCCGUACGAUUCAGUUUGGUACCGUGCUAAAUUCGCUUUCCUGGCCAGUAGCAAGUGGCAGCUGACCUUCGCCAAGGGAUCCCUGCUACACGUCAUCGACACCAUGCCGAAAAAGCCAAACUUCUGGGAAGCAACCCUGUACGACUCCAAGGGCAGGAGCAAGGCGACCGGUAUGAUUCCCAACCGCAUCACCGUCAUGAGCAACCAAAUGUCUGGCGUCACCGGCCUAGAGAAAGGAGCAGAUCCGUUCUCGGAUGCUGAGCCACCCCAGGAACGCCCCGCAGCAACCAGCGGUGUCGCCUCGACCGUCUUUUAAACCCGUCUCACGAGCAGCGAUGCCGUAUCUAACACAACUAGCAUGUACCAAGUACGAAUAUAUGGUCGAGCUCCGCAGAGAUGCACAACUUUGAUGAAGAUAUGGUCAAGCUCCGCAGAGAUGCACAACUCUGAUGAAGAUAUGGUCGAGCUCCGCAGAGAUGCACAACUCUGAUGAAAAUAUGGUCGAGCUCCGCAGAGAUGCACAACUCUGAUGAAGAUAUGGUCGAGCUCCGCAGAGAUGCACAACUCUGAUGAAGAUAUGGUCAAGCUCCGCAGAGAUGCACAACUCCGAUGAAGAUAUGGUCGAGCUCCGCAGAGAUGCACAACUCUGAUGAAGAUAUGGUCGAGCUCCGCAGAGAUGCACAACUCUGAUGAAGAUAUGGUCGAGCUCCGCAGAGAUGCACAACUCUGAUGAAGAGAUAGCCCAACUCCACAGACCGUCCAUAGCAGUAGUUGUCGCAGUGUGCGAAAGUGGGACAUCCAUAUCAUUAUAACAUAAUUAUAGGUAACUCAGGAUGUUUUUAGCCAGAUUUCAGUGUAAGUUUCUUUGACGUGCUGAAUUUAGAUUUGGGUUUAGAUCUCGUACUGUAAUUUUGAGAUUUCGACGAUAUCAUUUGAAGUAACUAGCAACGGCCUUGCCACGGUGUGUUAGCGUGUGCUAAAAAUACUUGAGUUUAGACAGGAAGCCAAUGCUUAGAUAGAAGACAAUUAUUUAUACCAACAGCUCCUUCGAGAUCUCUUCCAGUUACACUGACGCACACACACAGACUCUCUCUCUCCUUUGUAGCCGUCGGUAGAAAUGGCAAAGCACUUGAAACAUUUUUUCUUCAUUUUUAAGCCAUUGGGAUCAGCCAGAUAGACGUCUUUUCUUACUUCAGUACACAAUUCCCUACCUAGAUCAUAGCCAGGCAUAUAUAUUUUAAAUCUCCCAGUAUAUUCUUGAUCGUUGAGCUAUUUCGUUUCAUUACAAAGUCAUGUGUAAUUCUGUUGUUCUCAAAUUUGUCCCUUGAUGUUUGAAGUGUCACAUUAGCAAUUGGA